UUUUUUCACCUGUGCGCGCACUGCAGCCACAGAUAGGACAGCACAAGACGUAUGUAUUGUGUAAUUUGGGGGAAACCAUUGGAGCGUUCGUGCGAAAAACCGAUUGAGCCAGUUUGUGGAAAACAAUUCAUGGAGUGUUUCGGUCAGCAGAAAAUACCACUAUAGUCUCCUCCUGUGGCACAUUUAGCGGAAAUGCUUUACCUGGUGUUUCAGUUCGGACUGUGAACCACUUUGGAGAGGAACGCAGUGGAAGCGCUUCAAAUGUAAAGCAGAUGAGGCAGAAUUUGACCUAUCAACUCGGGAUUUAAAAGUAUUUAAUCCAAAGGGAGUAGGUCCAGUGUGAGGUGGGAUGUCUGGCCGUGAGUCUGUGGGAGACCUGAUCCCCCAGGACGUUGCGGAGGUGUUUGCCCAUGAGAGGCAAACCAAAGGGGGCCGUAGGAAGAAGCGUGGGGGCUCCCUGGGUCGGGCCUUCAGCUGGUUCAAGGGAAAGAAGAAGAAGGAGGUCAAUGCUAAUGGACAGAUCCAGGACUUUCAUUCAGUUGGUCCAAAGACUGGCAAGAUCUCCCCACAGGGCCACAGCCAUGCAGUCCCAAAGCAGGAGGAUGAGGGGACUCACGUCCCUUCACACGUCCAGGAGAAUGUGUUCAUCGAGGGCAGCCGGCCCAAGUACCUGGAGGACCUGCACACUGAGGCCCAGGAGGGACUCAAACUUCAGCAGCAAGAAGAAACAAAUAAUGGGGUGGAUUACCAGGAUGACCAAAGCAUCGCUUCAACAGUGACCCGGCAGCCUGACGAGACUGAGAGUGACAGUUACAGAGAGAGGAGAGGCUCUUUGUCAGACAGCACUAUACUAGACACCAUGUCCCAGGUCUCAACGCGCUCCGCUGUCUCCACACGGUCCUCACGGUCAGGACUGACCCGCCAAGCAUCAACCUUCAGGCCCCUGAAGUCAGAGAAGAAGCCAGAGAAGACCAAGGCCAGGAGGAGACACAGGAGAACCACAGUUAUGGGGAUACCACAACACAUCCAGAGGGAACUGGGGCUGGAUAGAGCAUCAUGGGCAGCUCGUCGGGUUAUAGACGAGGACGGGCUCCAUAACGGUGAGAGCCUGGACAUCCACACCAUUGAUGGGCCUCACCUAGCUGAUUCCCAGGAGGGUGUGAGGAUAUAUCUCCAGUCUGUAGAAGGCCUGCAGCCCGUUAGUGAGGACCAGGUUCAGAAGUUCCCCUCCCGGGCCGGUCACACAGAUGACCUGGCUCUCCUCCAGCGCAUGGGCCCCCAGCUGUGCGGCCUGAAGAGGCCCAAUUCCCUGGCCGUCCCCUGGAUGACCACGGUGUCCGGCCUGCCGCACCAUCCCCCCAGCCCCGUCAUGUCCAUGUCCCCCCAGGCCACCUAUAUGUCUAAGAUCAUCCCCAAUGCCGUGCUGCCACCCUCCAUCGACGUGGUGGAGAUUAGCCAUAACCGCAGCCGGAGCAGUGUCCGUACCGUCAGUAAGAGCAGACUGCUGCUGGCCAGCCCUGCCUCCUCCAGAGCCUCCUCCCGCGCCUCCGCCAUGUCCUCUGCCUCACGAUACAACCCACCACACUUCUCUGACAGCUCUGGAUGGAGCCACUCUGAGUCCUCUGAGACCCUGGUGUCUGACUCCUCCACUGUCUCCUCCAACAGCACCACCAGACAGGGGGGGGAUGGGGAGGGCUCAUCCAGGGAGAUGGCCUUGGACAGAGAGAGUAUCCACUCCUCUGUCAGUAAGGCCUCCAGGACCUCAACCAUCAAAGGCAAGGGGAAAGCCAGAGGGGAUGAUGGCAAACAGGAGGGGCCCUUCAUCCGAAGCCUAUCUGUGAUGAAGUCCAAGAGGGCACCGGCCCCACCCAGCCGCUCCUACUCCUUACACAAGGACAAGAUGAAGCGGCGCUCACGAGACCUGACUGACAUCAGGGUGGCUGCCCCUGCCCAAAGCAGCCCAGUCCGUGGUGGGGAGGCUAAGGCUGUCAGUGCUGGGGAGACCGGCUCUUCUGCCAUGCCCUCCAGCAACAAAAGUAGCCCUGGAUACACAGCAGACACCAGCUCUCUGGAUGAGUCCUCGGGCUCUGUGACCACCAACUCCUUUAACACCCGACAGCAAGCAGCCAGGGAAGAGGAGAGGAAUGAGCAGCCAGGCUCCACAGGCUUCUCUCCCCAGAAACAGACCCCCCAGGAAAACAUCCUGAAGAAGACUGUUUCCCCCUCCAGCUGCUAUCCCAGCCCGGGUGGCAUGCCCACCCUCCCCUCCAAACAGACCCAUAACUCAUCCCCAGGAAACAAGAGUGGCAUCCUGGCUAAACUAGCAAGUAUUUUCCCCAAGGCACCAUCCCCAUCACCUGUUAUUCAGCCACAGGCCUCUGACAGCAGCAAGACGCCUCGUCCAUCCCCUCCAGUCGACACUGUAACUUCCUCACCUUCAGUCAUGGCACUCAGAGAGCUGUUCAACAUCCCUCCCCCACCCAAAGUGUGUGCCCCCUCUCCUCCUCCACCGGAGGUAUGGGCACACAACAAGCGCACUUUUGAGCUGCUGCUAGGUCCCCCGGCACCCAACAACACGGAUACGGUGGUGCGAAAGAACCCAAAGGAUCGACGACAGCAGAGGCAGUCUUCUUCCACAUCAAGAGAGGCUUCUGAGUCUGCACCAGAGCAGGAGGCAGGAGGUGUGCUAGAGAGGGUCACUGAGCAUCUGUCUAAAGAGCAGACCAAUAAUCCAGCAGCACUAACAUCUGUGUCAGGAAACGGUCAGGAGAGUCCAAAGUUCCAGGAAAAAGAUGGGUUGAGUCCAGUGGUUAUAGAAGUGGGAGAUAAAGGACCGACUCAAAUAGAGCCUUCUGAAGGUAUGAAAAGGAAUAGUGAAGUGGCACAGAAAGUUGAACAAGAGAGGGUACAAGGAAGUCAGUUGGUGGUUGAACCAGAGAAGGUCAAGGUAAGUCAGAUGAUAGGUAAACUAGAGAAGGUCCAGGCAAGUCGGUUGGUAAAUGAAAAGUCAGUGAACGCCUCAGUAGCUCCAGGAAGGGGUCUAGGAAAAGUAAAUACAGAAAUACAGACUCCUGCUACAGAGAAAAGGACUGAAUCUCAACUUAAAAUGGACACGUUGUCUAUGCUUAGCCCUGCUCUAGCACGCGUCUUGUCAUCUCCUUCUCCUCCCCCAGCACACUAUCCUCCCCUUCCUCCUUCCAAACAGACCCCGCCAGUGCCCAUACUUGGGGUCCCCUCAGAUUCUUCACCCGCUCCAGAGCUCCCACUAGUCUACCCCACUGGGGAAUCCUUCUGGCCUCCUCCCCCACCUCCCAUGGACUUGGCCACCCUUGGCGAUGAGCUUGACCUCCCCUUUCCCCCACCACCCAGUGGUUGUGAGGAGGGAGUUAUUAUGACAGAACCUGUGCCCCCUGUUUCAGAGGGGACAGUGGGUGCUCCAAACCCUGCCCGACCUGCACCUCAGGAAGUUUCAUCUGUACCCCAGGGAAUACCGCAGCCCAGUCCAGGGAUCACAGAGUGCCAGAACCAAGAGAAGAUGUCCCUCAGCAAGAGCUCUCCCACUCCCCCAGAGGAGGCCCCCACUCCUGUGGUCACCCCCUCCCUUCUGCAGAUGGUCAAGCUGAGGUCUGUCAAUAAUGGUGACCAGGGUCUGAAAAAGGACCAGAGUCAGGGACAGAACCAUACAGAGGUCACUUUGAGGGCCAAACAACCCAGUAAUGGGGAGGCUCCACAGAAGCCUAUUCGAAGAUCUCUGAUCAUGACAGCUCCCCCUCCCACUGUCACAUCCCCACCUACUACUGUUGUCUCACAACUUCCCACAGCCACUGUCCCAGAGGCAGCCCUAACCUCAGCCACUGUCCCGGAGGCAGCCCUAACCUCAGCCACUGUCCCAGAGGCAGCCCUAACCUCAGCCACUGUCCCAGAGGCAGCCCUAACCUCAGCCACUGUCCCGGAGGCAGCCCUAACCUCAGCCACUGUCCCAGAGGCAGCCCUAACCUCAGCCACUGUCCCAGAGGCAGCCCUAACCUCAGCCACUGUCCCAGAGGCAGCCCUAAACUCAGCCCCAACCACAACCACAGCCAAGUUCCAGCCCAGCAUAGUUAAUUUACCAUCAAAGUCCUCUACUGUCACCUCUCCUACAAGUAAGUCUCCUUCUGCCUCAGCCACCAUGAGAAUGCAGGAGGCCAUUCGCUUGAGGACAGAGGCCAGAAGUAAAGAGGGGCCUCCCUCUCAUCUCAGCCUGCACUCUCCAACUUCCCCAACAGGUCUCAAGUUCCCCUCAUCUACCGCCAGUUUCAUCUUCGCCAAGAGCACAAAGAAGGUUGUCAUAGAAACCCUCUCAACCCCUGAGGCCCAGGCCAAUCUCACAAAGAAGCUGGUGGCAGAGCUUUCAUCUAUGUCCAAUCCAUCCAAGUCCAUAGAAACACAGAAGGAGGUGGCAGUCAAGGUUCCGCCACCUGUGGCAAGGAAACCCAGGCUUAAGGUCACAGAUGCAGAGCCCAGUGUGGAGACUGAGCAUGUGCAAACUGCGGGACAGGAAGCACAGCCAGCAGACAACACUGAGGGUGCUCCAGAGGCUCCAAACGGGACAGCAGUUAGUGUUGAAGUGUCACCAUCAUCAUCAUCCACAUGAGCAACACUGCCACUUGGCAAGGACUAAUCAUUCACAAAGACAGACUGACUUUUACCUGUAAAUUGAGAAGACCCAAUGUGUCAAACACCAUAUGUCAAUCACAAUAUGCAAGAGGGAGAGAGAUGGAUCAAGGGGUGAGUGGAUGAGAACUACAGAGCCUUUUGAAGGCAAGGCAACAGGACAGCUAAAUGUUGCCCUGUCAACAACAACAAAAACAAUCCUUUGAGUUUAUAUGAAAAUGGUGUUGGUCUUUCAUUUCUCUAAUACUAUUUUUUCUAUUUUAGAGUAUUUUUCUUUGCCAGAAUGACUUCUUACUGGUCUGAUUAACAAUAGACAGCCAUGGACAGCAUUCUGGUCUAGGUACAAGUCUAGGUUGCCCUCUAGUGUCAACUAUGGAAUGUUACAGCUACUGCCGUUUGGUACACAAAACAAUGAGAAGUUUUAUAAUCCACUUGUCUGGAUUAUAUACCAGAAUGUUGUAUUUUUAUAUAUUCAUAUCAUUAUAAGAUCAUGCACUAUUACAUUGUGUUAAGUUCCCAUUUCAUCCUUCAUGUUUUUGCAUUAAACAUUAUUUACCUAAUAUCUUUUUCCUGUAAACAUCUUACAUUGCAUUUUGGGAGAAAAAAAAAGUAAUGUUUUUUUAUUUUGUUCUACGUUUCAAUAUAUGUCAAUAUUUUAUGAAGUCAUCUGAUGUCAUCAUAUUUUCUUAACUCCCUAGCAACUAAAAUGAUGUCAUCAGAACUGGAUGAUGUCAUUUGUUAUGAGGAUGAGAAUCAUAUUCAUGCUGAGAAUCCCAAUUUACAUGUUCAUGUUUUGUUUCUCUGUUGUUGAUAUGAAUGUUCAUAGAUUUGUACUGGAAGCUCACCCUUUGUGUAAAUCAAAUCUCAGUCUUUCACUAGGAGUAUUUGGACAAAUAGGUAUUUGUCUUGUUUUUAAUUACUUGUCCCUCAGAUUUAGAUUCACUUCCUUUCAACCAGAUAGGAGCUAUAUUAUACAUUGCAUUUAUGUUGCUAAAUUGUCCAGAAAUUGGGAUAUUCCUCAACUGAAUGAAAUCUGCUUUGGAAGUACUAAAUAUUAUUCAAAGUGAUUUCAAUGAUAAAAGAUUAUGAAAAAUUAUUAAGUAUAGUUUCACUUAUUUCAAUAUAACCGAAUAAAUUGAUUUAUUCACAAUGAAUGAAUUCAGCCAUAUCAUUAUUUCUACCCUGUUUCUGAAACAUUUUGAGAAAAGUUCUGUCAGUAUUUUAUCAGUCAGUUAGAUCCAUUUAUGUGAGACACACACACACUUCCUGCUCUCGGGUUUCCCCCAGGUUUGUACCUUUUCCAUCUUAUCAGGAUGUUGAAACUUCACAUUUACACACGUCUGGUUUUCCAGUGUCCAUCUUAGACGCAUCUUUUGACAGUCUGUUGACAGUCAUAAUUUAGACUAAUUAUUGAAUAGAUUGACUGUAUGUAAUGCAUAUUUUAAUAUUGUUAUUAUUUAGAUUUGACAUAAUAUAUUGUUUAUGUUUGAAUGUUUGUUUUGUCUGUCUCCUGGGUAAUGUGUCAAACCUUGACAGGGGUAACAAAAUAAUCUGUUACCUUUGUCGAGGUUUAUUUUUAAACCAGAUGUUUAUUGUAUUAUUGUUGCUGAGCUGCUAUAUAAACUCUUAUUAGAGGGCAUGUCUGAGAGAAUCCAUGGGGAAUAAGGGAUUGAAUUUAUGUGAGUGGAUGGAUCUCUGUUGUGGCUUAAAACUAAAUGCCUUGAUAUGAAUUGGGGUGGAUCUUGAUUUACAAUGACAAAUGAAUAAGCAGGUCAUAGAAGAUACUAGAAUAACUUCAAAGUUUAUUUGGCAACGUCCUUGUGUCACUGACGUUGUGUGUCAUUUGGCGGACUCUAGCUUCUGUCACAGGCUUUCACCUCAUCGAGAGGGAAGCCCGGGCUAGGCGGAGUCAGUGACAAAGAGUUACAGUAAGUGCAUGGAGUAUCAGUAGGUCAUUCAUUCCUCAGCAUAAACUGUAAAAUACCAGUGCCUGGACUGCUUCUGAUUCACUGAAGGACUUAUUUUAUUGUGUAGCAUUGCUGGUUGAAUAAAGUCAACUCUGUCAUGACCUGGA